GGUCCCCGUGGCCCUCGGCUUUGCUCGGGGCCGAGGGACUGCGGACUGUCAGGUGGCGCGGGAUCCCCGCCGGAGGCCCCAGGAUCCGGAGCCAGCGGCCUCGUGGGCGGGGCCGGGGGUUGGGGAGUGGAUUUUGGCCGGAGCGGGGCGGCCGGGGGCCUGGGGGGCGGCUCUGUGCGCGGGCGCCGGGCCCUGGAGGAUGCUGCGCACCUGAAUUAACUGGGCGCCUCUGACGUCCUCCUAGAAGCAACUAGAACUCCAGGGCGUGAAUGCCACAGGUGGGGGCUGAGCGAGUCGUGGUGUCAGGAGGGAGGACCCCCCGCCAGCGCCGCAGUCCACCGUAGUGGAUGGAGCCCGCAUUGGUGCGCAGUUGGAAAACCUGGGAUCCCCUCCCGGCCGCCGCCGGCACCCCCGCCAGCCUAGUGUGCCCCCGCGGCUCUAGGCUGCUCCCCGUUAAAUUCCCUGGGGUGAGGGGGAAGAAAGGAAAAGGAAGCCAGUUCUCCAGGAGCGAGAAGUGUGAGCCUAAUUAGUCUUCAGACUUCUCAUUAAGAAAUCGCUGAGCAGUUUCUCAUCUGGGAGGGUUGAGAAUGGAGGGACAGAAGGCACCCAGGAUUUGCGCAGGGGGAUUCAGGGAAAGUGGGUGAUGAGGGGAUGGGGGGAGCUCCGGCCUUGGCCCGGUUUGGCUCUUGCACACGUUGUUGGCUUCCUCUCAGACCCGUCUGGCUUAGCGCCCCUGGGGAGGGGAGACCCAGAGUGACCCCUCCUGGCCCCGGCCGACUCUGAGCGGUGUGGCUGGGUUCUUCGAAGGCCACGCUCUGACGCUGGUCUAUGUCACCUGCAUCCACAGCCCCGCUGAAGAAGAUGCCCUCUUCAGUGCUGGGUCAGGCCAGGUUCUCCAGCCCCGGGAUGGCCCCGAACACCUGCUGCUGCUCCCCCGCGGCCGUGCAGAGGAGGCUGCCCAUCCUGGCAUGGCUGCCCAACUACUCCCUGCAGUGGCUGAAGAUGGAUUUCAUUGCCGGACUCUCCGUGGGCCUCACUGUCGUUCCCCAGGCACUGGCUUAUGCUGAAGUGGCUGGACUCCCGCCCCAGUAUGGCCUCUACUCUGCCUUCAUGGGCUGCUUCGUGUAUUUCUUCCUGGGCACCUCCCGGGACGUGACUCUGGGCCCCACUGCCAUCAUGUCCCUCCUGGUCUCCUUCUACACCUUCCACGAGCCCGCCUAUGCUGUGCUGCUGGCUUUCCUGUCUGGCUGCAUCCAGCUGGUCAUGGGGGUCCUACAUUUGGACAGCCAGGCAGGGUGUGUCACCCACCCCUUUUUAGCUGUAGUGUCUGCUCCCCAAUCGCACCCUUCCCACCCCUCCCAGCUCACACAUGCCCUCAUCCUCUGGGACUGGGUUGAGCUGGGACCAGCUCGGUGUCCCCUCUUGGCUGGCCAGGGUUCUUGCUGGACUUCAUUUCCUGCCCCGUCAUUAAAGGCUUCACCUCUGCUGCCACUGUCACCAUCGGCUUUGGACAGAUCAAGAACCUGCUGGGACUGCAGAACAUCCCCAGGCAGUUCUUCCUGCAAGUGUACCACACCUUCCUCAGGAUCGGGGAGACCAGCUCGCAGUGCCCUGGUGGUCUCCUUCGCGGCCCUGGUUGCGUACUCCUUCGAGGUGACUGGAUACCAGCCUUUCAUCCUCACUGGGGAGACAGCUGAGGGGCUCCCUCCAGUCCGGACCCCGCCCUUCUCAAUGACCACAGCGAACGGGACGAUCUCCUUCACCGAGAUGGUGCAGGACAUGGGGGCUGGGCUGGCUGUGGUGCCCCUGAUGGGCCUCCUGGAAAGCAUUGCAGUGGCCAAAGCCUUCGCAUCUCAGAAUAAUUACCGCAUCAAUGCCAACCAGGAGCUGCUGGCCAUCGGCCUCACCAAUGUGCUGGGCUCCCUCGUCUCCUCCUACCCGGUCACAGGCAGCUUCGGACGGACAGCCGUGAAUGCUCAGUCGGGGGUGUGCACCCCGGCGGGGGGGCUGGUGACGGGAGUGCUGGUGCUGCUGUCUCUGGACUACCUGACCUCGCUCUUCUACUACAUCCCCAAGUCUGCCCUGGCCGCCGUGAUCAUCAUGGCCGUGGCCCCGCUGUUCGACACCAAGAUCUUCGGGACGCUCUGGCGCGUUAAGAGGCUGGACCUGCUGCCCCUGUGCGUGACGUUCCUGCUGAGCUUCUGGGAGAUGCAGUACGGCAUCCUGGCCGGGGCCCUGGUGUCCCUGCUCAUGCUCCUGCACUCCGCAGCCAGACCCGAGACCAAGGUAUCAGAGGGGCCAGUUCUGGUUCUGCAGCCGGCCAGCGGCCUGCACUUCCCUGCGGUGGAGGCUCUGCAGGAGGAGAUCCUAAGCCGGGCCCUGGAAGUGUCCCCGCCACGCUGCCUGGUCCUGGAGUGCACCCACGUCUGCAGCAUCGACUACACCGUGGUGCUGGGGCUUGGUGAGCUCCUCGAGGACUUCCACAGGCAGGGCGUCGCCCUGGCCUUCGUGGGUCUGCAGGUCCCCGUUCUCCGUGUCCUGCUGUCUGCUGACCUGAAGGGGUUCCAGUACUUCUCCACCCUGGAAGAAGCAGAGAAAUACCUGAGGCAGGAGCCGGGGACCCAGCCCUACAACACCAGAGAAGACUCCACUCCAGAACACAAGAUUGCUCUGCUGCAGGCGUAGUGGGGCACCAUGGGCCUCCACAGUUGCAGGAUGUUCUGGAAGGUUCUUGUCACUGUGAUUGGAUGCUGGAUGCCACCUGAUAGACAUGCUGGCCUGGCUGAGAAACCGCGGAGCAGGUGACCCCGGGGAGGAGAAGGAAGCUGGGCCUGGACAUCCAUGGGGGGACUCACCGGCUUCCUGUGGGUUGACUGAAAAAUGACCUCACCGCUGUUCCCUGGCAUGACCCUCUUUGCAAGAGUGGUUUGGAGAGUCUUCUAGAAUGACCGACAAAGCGAGGAAGCAGGGGGCCAGGGGUUUCCAGCCUGGGCUGGGAGAGGUGUCCGGGCGGGGCAGGCAGGAGUCUGGGAGGCGGGAUGGACAGGAUGGCACAGAUGCUCCUCAUGGCGACAGCAUCUGUGCUCUCCAAGAGAAAACCAAGGUGUGCCCAAGGACGUACAGUAAAUAAUUUAGUGUUUUCUAAAUGGAAAAAGUGAUGGCUUGGGUGAUUUUGUAAAAAUCAUAAAUGCUUAUUGUAAAAAAUGUGGGAAAUCCCCGCACACCCUCCCCGACCCCGUCCACUUGGGGGUCACUCCAGACCCCCUCCCGACACGUGCCUCUGUGCCUCUCCAUCAGCAUGUGGGUGUGUGCUCACGGUUUUACAUAAAUGGGAUCAUUCCAUACUUGGUGCUCUGGAAACCACAUUUUCAUGCAGUCGUUUGCAGUGAAGUAUUUGUUGUGAUAAUAAAUAGCGUUAGAAUAUGUGAUUUUUUGGCGUCUGCAUGGUAUAUUGAGCUG